GGCCACGCAACUCCACGCCGGACAUUCCGCACGAAAGUUGCGACCAUCUAUCCCGCGUUACUUCGCGGUACACUUUGUUUCCGGUUACUGGCGUGUGUUCGCAACGGUGAGUCCGUGUCGCGGUGCUCAUCGAUCGUUGUUGGAUGUGUGAUCGCGAACAAGAAAGCAGCAGCAGGAAAGAUCAACAGUCAGGAGAUCGCGUCGCCGCUCGUCCAUGUGUGCGUCUGUCUGUCCGUCCGUCCGAUCGUUGUGUGUAUGUGUGUAUAACGCGCGCGCCCCCCUCGAUGCUUGUGUGAUACCUGUACAUAUAGCGUGUACGAUCAAGCGGCCAAGCGUGCGUGUAUAGCGGCUCCACUUCUUUCUCUCUUCUUCUAUCUUCGCGUAUCCUCCGCGUUCCGUGCGCGUGUUCGUGAUUGGUCGGUGCGUGGCAUUUUUAAAAAGUCGUCCUGCUUCUGUCCGUUAUAACCAAGAGAUCCGGGCAGCGGCGAUGUCGCGAAACCGCGAGUAAAUCGAUAUCUCGAUCCGUGUCGAAAUAAUGUCGAUCCACAGUGACGCCAGUUUGCAAGUUUCUUCGAUUACCCGCGACACAAUCGUGAUCGUACCUUUCUGGUAAUCAACGUUCACGGUUUCCGCUGCUUUUUCUCAUACUCGCGACAACGGAACGGUUCAAACAGACACCGCGAGGGCACGCAUGAGAUCCGUCCAGGAGAGGAACGGGGAAUUCUUCGCCGCACUUUCGUCGAAACAGCGGAAAAUUCGAACACGCUGGAAAACCAUUCCGACUCUGCAACGAGCACUCCCGUUGACAGAUAAAAUACGAGAGGAAGGAACGAGAAGAGGAAAGAGGAAAGCGGUGCAAAAAACGAAAACGGCGCUAGUUCCUUUUUGGAACGCCCCGCGUCGCCCCCUCGAGUGACAUAUGCGUGUGGCGCGCAGAUUCCUUGCCAAAGAUAAGUCGCGGCAAAUAAGAGUGACAGAAAGUGGCUGAAAUUCGAAAAUAGUAUCUGGAUCUGUACGACUGGAAGUCAAAGGAAGAAGGGGAGAAAGAAAAGAAGAAAUAACAGCCACGCUGAUUUUCUGAUCUCUCUUCGGAGGUGCGCCGUACAGUUCUCCGUUCGUGCUGGUGGAGUGUGGUGCCUCGGUGUGUCGUAUAGUUGUGCCUUCGUCCGGGGUGAGGUUAGGAUCGUGCAAAAGAGCGGUGGAGAGUGGGCAAGGAAUAAACUGCGACACCCUGAUUAAGUGCAAACCGGACAAAAUAUCGAAGCAAGGGGACAGCAUCAUUCAAAGACGAGAAGUCGCUCGAAAUCUGCAAGAACUGGAUCACACGGGCGACUCGAGAAUUGCCAAAAUUUUGCCAGUUUAUAAAAAAGGGGGACGCACCGACAGAGAUGGCAUGAGGGACGGUUCCGGCAACGUUGCCGAGGUGUUACCAGUGGGCGGGGGUGGUGCUGUGCUGGUGCUCAGCGAGCUUGAAAGCAUGGCGGCCAGGCAGCAGCGGGAAAUAGCCCAGCAAAGGAGGCUGCUGGAGCAGAGAGAGGCCCGUCUGGCCGUGCUUCGAGGCGCACAGGAGCCAGCACAGCAGGAACAACUCGCCAGAUUGAGGCACAGGCUGGACCAACAACAAAGCAAACUGAAUCGGUUGCGAUUGCUUAGAUCGCAGACCGAUCAGUCGCGUGCCAACAACGCCACUUUGACCUCGGACCUGGACUGCAUUAGGGCGUUGUUCAAUGAAAAGGAAAAGGAGCUUUCUCUGGCUGUGGCGAAGGUGGAAGAGCUGACGCGACAACUGGAGGAGCUACGAGGCCGACAGAACGCUGCCGGGACCGGAAGCGGAGGCGGAGGUGGCGGAGGUGUCGGUGGAGGAGGCGUUGGCGGUGGCGGCAGUGGACACUUGUCGACACCCGCCAGCGCCGAGCUGGAAAAGCUUAGAAGAGAGCUUAUGUAUCGUAACAAGAUGAACGAGCAGCAGAACCAAGUGGUGUCCCAGCAACGAUUGGCCUUGGCGCAGCGACAAGCGGAAAUGGCGUCGAUCGACGCGAGGAUAGCUCAGCUUCAGGGUCGUCUACAGCGCAAGAGAGCGUUAAACCAACGGCUCAGCCAACAAUUAGGAUCCGGGAAUCGUACCAACGCGAACACCGCCUUCGCAGACUCCAAGUUGGACUUCAACGCCGGAGGGAAGUCCAGACCUGCUGGUAACAUAGCGGCCAUCGAACCCUACUCUCAUAUACCGAACGACAACGAUUUCAAUCUGAACAAGAAUGACCCAAAGUAUCAGACGUUGCCGUACAACACGAAAUUUACGGUCAAUUUCAAAACUGCCGAGGAUGACGUUAAUAAGAACAAGAUUCAACAUUCAGCCAGCGCUUCACAAUUGGGUCAAAGGGCAGCCUUCCAACAGUUUGGUCAUCAGAUCGCUCAUAGCCAGUCUCAGUCGCAUAUUCAAGGUCAGUCUCAAUUACUAGGGACAAACCAGCAGCACAACCAAAACAUCGGAAACCAACCGGUGAACAUGCAGCAGACUUGCAAUAACAAUAACAACAACAACAACAAUAACAAUAAUAAUAAUAACAACAAUGCGAACAACAAUCUGAUCAGCUCGCCUCAUAACUUUAGCCCGGAUGGACUGUCGCAGAAUAUCCGGAUUCACCAUCAGCAACAACAGCAAACACAACAGCAACACGGAAACGUACAACAAAAGCAGCACAACGUAGGCUCGUCGACGUCGAAUCUCGGUACAACAGUGUCCAUCACGCAAACUCAGAACCAUAGAAACCUUCAAACUCAUCAGAAACCGGUGUCCAGCGUGGCUCCAAGUUUCUCCGUCAAGUCUCAGAUCUAUCAGACCUCAUCCACCAAGAUUCAUCCAGUCAUGCCUCAAACGUUAAGUCUGAUAGGUCGUGGACACACAAACGCGCAAAAUUUCGCCAGUCUGAGCAAUCAGAAUGCUAAUCAGCAACAGUCUAACCAAUCGGUUCCAAGCAAUCAGACGUCGAACCAGGAACAGCAAACCUACGCCUCCAGACACAAUUAUCCUGGCAUCCAACAGCACUCCACCCAAGCGAACACCCACGUAUCUUCCUCGGUAGUCUAUCAGUCUCAAAAUUCACCUAAUCCACCUAACAAUCCAACGAUUCACACCUCAUCCGGUGGAAGUAGCUUCGGUAACUCGGUCCAGAGGUAUAACCAAACGCAACCCUUAACAAGUCCUGUGUCUAAUAACGAACAGACCGACAAGAUGAAGUUCGAGCAAGGAAAAUGUCAGGAUAAGUUCGAACACGCGUUGCCAGCUAAACACGAACAGCAGAGGUACGAGUCUAACCCGGUGUUCAAGUACGACCCCCAUCAGAUGAAGUACGAGCAUCCAAAGUACGAUCAACACGGGAAGUACGAGCAGGCUAAUCAACCGGCGAAACUUUACGAGCAAUCUAACAAGCACGAACAGACUGGUAAUCAGACGAACAAAUACGACAACGGGAAGAUCGAGCAAACGAAGCACGAGCAAAUUCACGGGGUUAAGUACGAUCCCAAUCAGAAUACUCAACAGUACGGUAAACACGAUCAGCACGAAGUGAGGCCUUCUGUAAAAUACGAUCACAACGCACCGUUUAAACUUGAUCCAUCGAAUAAGUACGAGACUGCAGGGCAACAGUUCAAGCAGGAACCGGUAAAGUUCGAUAAUAGUCAAAGCAAGUACGAACAGGGCCCUACCACGAAGCACGAGCACAACGGGAAGUUUGAUAUUCCGACAAAGGCGUCCGAUAAAACGUUCGAGUUCGAUAGGCUGAAGAACGAGAACGAAAGGAAGAGUCUGAACGAGAUAAGAGGAGAGGAUAAGACGAAACCUGCGCUACCUCCCAAACCGAGCAAACCUAAUCCUCCGCCGAGACUGACCCAUCAUGAAAAAGUGGACGCUGCGGAUGGAAUUGGAGAUGGCAAGAAUAACAUGGGGAUCAGUCCUAGGACAGAGAAGGAAGAAGAAGUACCACCGAUACCCACCUCGGAACCACCUGAAUCGCCCACGGAGACUCAAUUCGCGAACCAUCAAAUCAUCAAGGCUAGACCUCUGACCCUGAAGAAGGCCCCGAUCUCCGAGCAACCAAAGCUGCGUUACGCCAAGUCGAAUGUCCAUGUGUCGAUAAACCGACGGAUUGAGAUGCCACCGGCGUUCCUCUUCCCCGAGACCGAAAUUCCAGCUGACCUGAUGCAAACGGAGCAACAACAGCAACAACAGACCCAACAGCAACCACAGAUCAUCGACACGACGGACAAUUGUAAGAAGCUGAUCAACGAGGAUGUUAUCAGUAACGAGAAGCUCGAAGAGGCAGACAUCAUCGACGCGUUGAACGUCAUCAACAUCGAGGACAAGGCAAAGAAGGAUUCCGAGAGACGAACAACGGAACUGGAAGUAGACGGAAAGAGCAACGAGGUGAUGAGGAGGAAGAAAGGGAAUCUAAAGUCCAGUACAGGAAAAGCAAAUCUUUCGAGGAGGGUGUCCUUCGAUCCUCUGGCUCUUUUGUUGGACGCCAGCCUCGAAGGAGAGCUGGAACUGGUGAAGAAAACCGCUAAAGAGGUGGCGAAUCCUAGUUCAGCGAACGACGAAGGCAUCACGGCGCUUCAUAAUGCUAUUUGCGCCGGUCAUCUGGAGAUUGUUAUGUUUCUCGUUGAAUUCGGGUGCGACGUGAACGCCCAGGACAGCGAUGGCUGGACCCCGUUGCACUGUGCCGCGAGUUGUAACAAUCUGUCGAUGGUGAGGUUCCUGGUGGAGCAUGGAGCUUGUAUAUUCGCCACCACUCUCUCAGAUCACGAAACAGCCGCAGAGAAGUGCGAAGAAGACGAGGAGGGCUUCGAUGGCUGCUCAGAAUACUUGUACAGUGUUCAAGAGAAGCUCGGCAUAAUGAACAACGGCCAAGUAUACGCGGUGUUCGAUUACGAGGCACAGCACAGCGAUGAACUGACGUUAAAAAACGGUGAUUCUUUGGUUGUGCUUCGAAAGGGGGACGACAACGAGAGGGAGUGGUGGUGGAGCAAACUGGGACACAAAGAAGGCUACGUACCUCGGAAUCUACUUGGCUUGUAUCCAAGGGUGCAACCGGCUAAAGUGGACUGAGACGCAGGUCGGCCAGCGAACUCGCGAUAUCCGACGAUUCAUUACCACAGUAUUCGAUUCGCAGCUUUAUCUUGUUAAGUAUCAUAGUUACAUCGUCGCGUCACGAAUCGUUAUCUUAUUUAAUCGCGCCCCAUUGUCAUCCUGAACAAAGCGAACAAAAUGUUCUAUAUAUAUAUAUUAUAUAUAUAUAUACAUAUGGUUUUUUAUAUUUUGUAAGAUGAAAUUGCAUAUUGCUAAACGAGCCCGGAUCAUGGGUUGUUGUAAGUUAUUCUCGUUGACCCUUUCGCUGUUGACAACGCAUAUACACGUCGAAAAUCGACUGAUUAAAUAUUAACCCUCGACUGGUGGCACCAGGUCAAUCGUGACACAAACCUUUGAAUGGUAUGUUGAAGAAGGUAAAUGUAAUUGUAAAUGUAAUUGUAACAGUCUUGUACACACAAUCAUCAAUCACAAGAAAACACAAACUUUCCUUGAGACCAUUAGAUUAAGUAUUAAAUAAAUUAUUUAUCAAGUUUAAGCAGUCGAUUUGCGACUAUCACACAAUGUUAUCCUCAACCAAAGGGUUCAAGGGUUAGACCACUCGUUCGUAUUUGAGAAAGAAUCGUAUAACUCAGCGUGACGAACGAUUAGAAUGUAAAUUAAUUAGCACGAGCGGUAUACUAAAAUUAAACAACACGCGCAAACUUUGAUUGCUCUCACACUCGCCGUAUUACAUCUUCGCAAAUGUGUAACACAAAUCGUAUUAGGAGAAGAAUAAGAAAAAAAUUAAUGAAAUAGGUACUCGCUAAUUUUAACUAGAAUAAUUUACAGCAUACGACUCCGAUGUUCCACGAAAUUAUUUAUCGUUGGUCAGUUCCUUCAAUGAAACGGUACAAAAAGAGAUUUUUAUUAUUUGUCGUAACCCCGCUUUUAGAUUAACAAUCUGCGAUAAUUCAGGGUUGAAAUGUUUUAUUUCGGUAUUCAUUGAAGUGAAGAUUGUUUAAGCAGUUUCUCUUCUUGAAGUUGAGGUAUUAUUUUAAAAAAUAAUCUUAAUUAGUUGCAAAUGUUGAAUUUUAAUUGCUGUACAUCAAUUUACAUCGUUUCUUUUCACGAUUAGUCAAGAAAAAGAUCGUAAAACAUUUUAAAUGAUCCUUUUUUAAUUCUCGAGGGACUUUUUAACUUUACUUGAAACGUUUAAUUUGUUUCACCUAAAUGUUUUUAUUUAGAUGAAGUCAAAUUAUUGUUACGAGCAUUGUUACGUUUAGUUGUCAGUGAAAUUUUCCAAAUCCGACCAGAUUGAUUUCGGAUUUCGAAAAUGUUCCUAAUGAUGUAUAGUAUAAUCUUGCCAAUACGCACUUUAAAACAAUUUCUAAGGAACGCGCGAACAGAAAUUGUAAAGAAUUACGAUAAUGGUAAUUAAUGACACGAAUGCCUUUAAACGUUUCUUCUUUUUCAUAUUUUUCUUUCUCUUCCGAGCAAUGCCACCCCAAUGGUUCGAGAAUCUCCAAUAAAAUGACUUAACACACACUUGACUAGACUUGUAUAAUUAAUAAUUAUUGCCUAGGACAGAUUCAAAUGUUUAGAUUAGAAAGAUUCUGAGCGCGUCAUUGUACUGUUAAAAAAAUGUGUACAGAUAUCUGAAAGGUAUUAACACGGCCUCAGAACAUUUCUGAUAUUCACUUCGUAAAUAAAGUAUGUGCCUUUCAAGAAGUAAUAAUGGAUAUAUUAUGUAAGAAUGCAUGAUAUAUUAUGACGAAUAAAUUGUUUUUAAUAGAAAUCAUUUAUGCUGAUAUUUGCGUUUAUUGUCAUGAAAAUGUACAGACGAAGUCAACGAUACUAACGAAGUAAGUAAUCGUCCGAUAAUAUUAACAAAAUACACAGGAGGUACGUUAAGGAACGAUACAAAUUCUAUAAAUAUCUUAAAAUCAAAAGUGGUUUCGUCCACUUUGAGUUAUCAGAAAAAAAAAAAAAAAUAAGUUAAUUUGUACU